AUGUAUCCUAACAACUGUGAAAUCAAGGUCCGUUAUUCUGCGAACCAUAAUCUCUUGCGCACAGUCGGCUUUGUCACGAUGCUUUGUGCAGUACGAAACAUGCGCCAAAAAGGAUUGCUAUUUGCUGGACCCCCUUGUGCGACUUGGGUGUUUUUGUCCCAAGGGACGACCAAACGCAACUGGUGGAAUCCGGAGGGAGGGGACUCCAAGAAGGUUGUCCUUGCGAACAUCCUUUGCAUGCGGCUAUUGUACCUGUUAUAUUAUGCGCAUCAACGUGGAAUAUACUGGGCAGUUGAACAACCCAUGAGCUCCGUGCUCUUCAUCUGGCCCCCGAUGGCAAGAUUUCUGCGUUGGGCAAAUGCACGGAGGGUCUGCUUUCCGAUGGGAUCGUAUGGAGCGGCCACACUUAAAUACACAGUGAUCUGGACCACCCUGCCCGCAGCACAUCACCUUCGCCGAGCCUUGGAUGUGAAACAAUUGCGUCUGGCCUUGCAAAGGACUUUGGAAGACAAGUCAUUGGUGAGAAAGUCCGUUGAUAAGAAUGGCAAGUUGAGAGUGGCUGGGAAGCGGAGUGCCCUCGCCCAAUCGGCUGAAUAUCCCCGGCCAUUUGGGAUGGCCGUGGCAGCACUGGUGCCAGAACGUGGAGAUGUUCCUGAAGAUGACUUCGUUGACUUGACAUCGUAUACGGGCCAGGACCACUUGGGCAGCCUACAUGACUUGAUCAAGGGCCGGAAAUUGGCCUGGUGGCGCCAGGCAUACAAUAUCCACUAG